UGGACAGUUGAAAAUGUAUACUUUAUAUGUUCUGGUGGCUUUCAUAGGAUGCUCUUGGGGUUUCCCCAGUGGGUCCACCAAUGUAAAUAAUCGAAUCGUUGGAGGCAAAGACACCACAAUUCAAGAACAUCCUUACCAAGUAUCAAUUUUGUACAAUGAUGAAUAUCACAGCUGUGGAGGUUCUUUGAUUUCUGAAAAAUGGGUUUUGACAGCCGGGCAUUGCAUCGAUUCUUUCAAAUUCUACAUCCGUGUGGGAAGUUCUCUUGAAGGCGAAGGUGGAGCUGUGCAUCGAGCUCUAAAACAAUAUCGACAUGAAAAGUUUGAUGCAAAAACUGUAGAUUAUGAUUAUGGAUUAAUUGAGUUAGACACACCGGUACAACUUAGUGAAAAUGUAAAAUUAGUCAAAUUGGCUGAACCUGGUGUUGAACUUGAAGAAGGAACUCUACUAAAUGUCACGGGAUGGGGUAGCCGUCGAUCCAGCGCAGCUCUACAAAUAGUAACUGUACCAUAUGUAUCCGAAGAAGUCUGCAAAAAAUCACAUUCAGACAGGUUGAUCUCCCCAUAUAUGUUCUGUGCUGGUAAAAUGUCAGGAGGAGAAGGACCUUGCAAUGGUGACUCUGGUGGACCAGUUGUAUCCAAUGGUAUCCAAUAUGGUAUUGUUUCCUGGAGCUUUGGAUGUGCACUACCCAACUAUCCUUCGGUUUUUGCUAAAGUAUCGGCUAUACGAGAUUGGAUAAAGGACAUUUCUGGAGUGUAAAUGAUAAACAUAUUCUAAAAAAUAAAAAUUUUAUUCUUGUUACUUUAUUUAUUUAUAUGAAAAUUAAAUAAAAACACUUAAUGUUAUUAUAUACACAUAAUUACAUGGUAUACACAUAAUUAAUUGAAUGAGAUUAUAUGUUUUAUUAAAUAGAUUAUAUUGAAGAAUGAA